UUGACGGCAGGUGGGGAAGCGUUUGGAGGGAGAACUGGCGACUGAGGACAUAUGCUGGAGAGCGUUUGUAGGAUGGAGCUUGGGGAGGGGCAGGGUCUGGAAGAGAGGGAUUGGGGGGGAGGGAGCUGGGGUCGGGGAGCAGCAGAGGCGCAGCUGGAAGGUUUCCUCCUCCCUUCCUCAGUGUCUGGCUUGCAGGCGUGGGGGGGUUUACUAGUUUGCAAUGAAGCGUAUGAGGACCCCCGCUCACUGAGCUGCCCCCCCCCAUCUCGGUUCCGGCGGCAUGGUGAGGGUGUGCUGCUGUUUUGCAGUGGGGGCCCCCUCCCGGCUUAGCUGGCCGUGCUAGGAGCCCCCACCCCCCCAUCCCCAUUGCAGGCUGCGCACGGUGCCCUCCCCAGCCAGCCAUCCCUCGCCAGGGUGGAGCAUGAAGCUGCCAGCCGGAGCAUCCUCAGCCUGUCCCCGGCAGUCGGGCUCGCUCCGCCGUUUUGCUGGUGCCCGCAGCCUGGCGGCAGAGGGGACCCCGGCCCCCCCAGAUCGGGGGGGAGCUCGGCUGGGGGGCUCUGCGGGAAGGGGCGGAGGCACAGGCUGUGGAGGGGAUCGUGCAGACCCCCCCUCCUCUCCCAGCUGCAGAUGGACCAGUGACUCCAGGAGCAGCCCUGUGCCCCCUCGAACGCCAGCUAACGGGGGUCCGCUCCUUUGCUCCCCACAGAUCUGAGCAGCGGCCGGGGGGAGCGUCUGUGCAGCCCGCCCCAGAGGGGAGGUGGUGCUGCCACCUGACCCCACAGUCCGGUCCUGCCUGCUCACCCCUACUCCCACCAUGCCUCACCUGUCCCACCUUGGGGCCUCUACCUUCUUCCUCCUCCUGGCCUUGAGCCUCCCGCUGCACCAGGCCAAGGUGGAGGAGGGGCUGAGGAGUCCAACCCAGGGAGCAUCAUCGCUGGAUGGGGCUAAUGUCAGCACCUUGUGCCAGGAGGCCUCAGAGUGCCAGGAGGGAGUGAUCCUGCCCGUGUGGCUACCCCAGAACCCCUCGGUGGGCGACAAGGUGGCCCGGGCCAUCGUGUACUUCGUGGCAAUGAUCUACAUGUUCCUGGGCAUGUCCAUCAUUGCCGACCGCUUCAUGGCCUCCAUCGAGGUCAUCACCUCGCAGGAGAAGGAGAUCACUGUGAAAAAGGCCAAUGGUGAGACCAGCACCACCACCAUCCGCAUCUGGAACGAGACAGUCUCCAACCUGACGCUCAUGGCGCUGGGUUCCUCAGCGCCCGAGAUCAUGCUCUCCAUCAUCGAGAUCGUGGGCCACAACUUCCAGGCAGGCGACAUGGGGCCCAGCACCAUCGUGGGCAGUGCCGCCUUCAACAUGUUUGUCAUCAUCGCUGUGUGCGUGCACGUGGUGCCCGAGGGCGAGACGCGCAGGAUAAAGCACCUGCGCGUCUUCUUUGUCACGGCUGCAUGGAGCAUCUUCGCCUACAUCUGGCUCUACCUCAUCCUGGCCUGCUUCUCCCCCGGUGAGGUGGAGGUGUGGGAAGGCCUGCUCACUUUCCUCUUCUUCCCCAUCUGCGUGGUGCAGGCCUGGCUGGCCGACCGCCGCCUCCUCUUCUACAGGUACGUCCAGAAGAAGUACCGCGCCGACAAGGCCCGGGGCCUGAUCAUUGAGACAGAAGGCGACGCAGCCCUCCCCAAGCUGGAGGUGGAGUUGGACAGUGCCCAGGCCAGCGGAAUGGGCGAGGCAGGCAAGGACGGUGACGAGGAGGCCCGGCGUGACAUGGCACGCACCCUGAGGGACCUGCGGCAGAAGCACCCAGAGAAGGACAUGGAGCAGCUGAUUGAGAUGGCGAACUACCAUGUGCUGGUGCAGCAGCAAAAGAGCCGGGCCUUCUACCGCAUCCAGGCUACCCGCAUGAUGAUCGGAGCGGGAAACAUCCUGAAGAAGCACGCAGCCGACCAGGCGCGCAAGGCGCUGAGUCUGCCGGAGGUGCGCCCCGAGGACGACGACUCGCUCACCAGGGUGACCUUCGAGCCGGCGCUCUACCAGUGCUUUGAGAACUGCGGCGCUGUGGUGCUGACGGUGGAGCGGCGCGGUGGCGACGUGGCCCGCAUGGCCGUGCGUGUGGAUUUCCGCACCGAGGACGGCACGGCCAAUGCCGGCUCGGACUACGAGUAUGCCGAGGGCACGCUGCUCUUCAAGCCGGGCGAGACGCAGCGCGAGAUCCGCGUGGGCAUCAUCGACGAUGACAUCUUCGAGGAGGACGAGUACUUCCGUGUGCACCUCAGCAACGUGCAGGCUGCCUGGGCCGAGCCGGGCGCUGAGCCGCCCCCCAAGGCCUGCCUGGGCCCCGCCGCCACUGCCACCGUCACCAUCUUCGACGACGAUCAUUCCGGCAUCUUCACCUUUGAGGGCGCCUCGGUGCGGGUCAGCGAGAGCGUGGGGGCCGUGCGGGUGCGGGUGCUGCGCACCUCAGGGGCCCGGGGCUGCGUGGCCCUGCCCUACCGCACCGUGGAGGGUACCGCAAAGGCUGGUGAGGACUAUGAGGAGGCCGAGGGCAAGGUGGAGUUCCUCAACGACGAGAUCACGAAAUUCAUCGAGAUUAAAAUAAUCGAUGACGAGGAAUAUGAGAAAAACAAGAAUUUCCACCUGGAGCUGGGGCCCCCUGAACUGCUGGAGAUGGGGCUGCGGCAUGGUGACUCUAAUGAGAACCGCCCCACUGAGGGGGAGGAGGGGACCGCCAUCGCCAAGAUGGGGUGUCCCAACCUUGGGGAACACCCCAAACUUGAGGUGGUGAUUGAGGAAUCCUAUGAGUUCAAGAGUACUGUGGACAAACUGAUCAAGAAAACCAACUUGGCACUGGUUGUGGGGAGCAGCAGCUGGAGGGAGCAAUUCGUCAGUGCCGUGACGGUCAGCGCUGGGGAUGAGGACGAGGACGAGACAGGCGAGGAGCGGCUCCCGUCCUGCUUCGACUACAUCAUGCACUUCCUGACGGUGUUCUGGAAGGUUCUCUUCGCCUUCGUGCCCCCCACCGAGUACUGGGGGGGCUGGGCCUGCUUCCUUGUCUCCAUCGCGCUCAUUGGGGUGCUCACUGCGCUCACUGGUGACCUGGCCUCGCACUUCGGCUGCACCAUCGGCCUCAAGGACUCAGUCACUGCCGUGGUCUUCGUGGCCCUUGGCACCUCCGUGCCUGACACCUUUGCCAGUCGGGCAGCGGCAAUCCAGGACCAAUACGCGGAUGCCUCUAUCGGCAACGUGACGGGCAGUAAUGCAGUCAACGUCUUCCUGGGCAUAGGGGUGGCCUGGACCAUUGCGGCCGGGUACUGGGCCAGCCAGGGCCAGCGCUUUGUGGUGUCGCCGGGCACGCUGGCCUUCUCCGUCACGCUUUUCACUAUCUUUGCCCUGCUGAGCAUCACUGUGCUGCUGUACCGGCGCCGAGCACCUGUGGGGGGCGAGCUGGGGGGUCCCCGCACCCCCAAAAUCCUCACUGCCCUGCUCUUCUUCUGUUUCUGGCUCCUCUACAUCCUGCUGGCUGCUCUGGAGGCUUACUGCCACAUCCAGGGUUUCUGAGGGGUGGGGAGACCCCCAUUCUCUGGCUGGUGGGACUCCCUCCAGCCUCAGUUCUGGGUGGGGAGAACUGUCCUGCCCCAGUUCUUGGGAGGCAAGGCCUCUGGCUGGGGGUGGGAAGCACUCACCAGCUCUGGGAAAAGCCCCUCACAACCCCUGGGAGGCUAUGCCCCCCGCUCAGUGCUCGGACGUGAGGGGACAUUACAGCUGCUGCAGGAGCAAAGGACAUUCCAACCUCCCCCAUCGCCUGCCCCCCCUCAAACUGGGGAAGCCUCCCACACUGCAGUUCCCUUUCCCCUCCCUGGACACCCCUCCAGCUCUGGGGAAAUCCCCAGCCCCCACUCAGUUCAAAAGGGGACAAAGGACAUUCCAAGUGUAGACUGUCCCCUCCAGUGCAUUUUGGAUUUAGCUGGGGCCAAAGGUCAUUCCAUCCACGCCCAAGAGCCCCUCCUUCCCCAAGCCCCUGCCACCUGCUGUCUCCCCACUUAUGCCAUGGGGUAGCAAGGACACAGGAGAGGGUAACCAUGCCUGUAGGUGGCAGGAUAGUUGGGGUGUGUGUUGGGGGGGCUGGCACACAGCAGCAGCCCCACCCACAGGGCUGCAAGGGUCAGCACACAAAUUGCAGAGGGGGCAGGGGGAAGAGGGUCAGUCUCUCUCUCAUCCACUUUGUUUUUAAACCUCCCUGCUCCCAAGCACAGGGAUCCUUGUGUCCCCCCAAAAAACACCAUUAUUAAUGGACUCUCACUGGGACAAGGGACCACCCCCUGGGAUCUCAGUGAGGGAAAAGGCUCCAAAUUCAAUAUUAGGGUCACCCCCAUUGCCCUCCAAAACAGCACAAAGUCUUGCUAAUGAAAAUAGCAACAAAUUGGGGUUCAUUUGCCCCAUCCAUUCCAUCCCAUACAGAGCCCAGAUUUCUAUUCUGUUGAUUUUAUUUUAUUUAAAAAGAUAGAAAAGAAUAUUUUAUUUUGUAUUUAACAACAACAACAGAGCCCCACUCUCCAGAUUCCUCCCCGGAGAACUGGGCUGUGGAGAUAACUGAUGCAGCCAUACCCCCCUUCCGGUGCAUGGUCUCCUGUCCUGGCGUCUGCCUGUAGUUAGCAUUUGUGAGUCAAUAUAUGUGUUUGCACUUGUCCAUCUGUCCGUCUGUGUCUGCCUGUUGCUGGCUGGUUAGACCCCCAAUGUUUCCUGCCCCUAGUAGUUCCCCCUUCCCCGUCACACCCCCAUUGCCUGCAUCUUUCAUUUGUUUGGGGGGGGAAAAAAAAAAAAAAAAAAAAAGAGAAACAUAAAACUUUGUACUAAAAGUGUUGUGUCUUUGUGCUUCAGGGUAGGGGGGACUGGCUGGGAGAGCGUGGGAUGUGAUACAGGGCCUUUCCCCCAGUUCACCAGGUCUGAGGGCCAUUUCUUUUGGCUUCAACAAACACCAACAUUCCUUGGCCUUUGGCAGAGCUCUGGUGAAGGGGGUGGGGGGAGUUGAACAGGGAGGGACCCUCCUCUCACACUCCCAAGUGCCAGCUGGGAGUCGCAGAGCAGCAGCUGUGUAGGGGGAUGACACCUCCUCCCACCCACAGAACCUUCCCAGGUCCCCCCCCCCCGCUGCUGGGCUGUGGGGGGGCGGGGGGUAGAUUUAGUCCAGCCCACAGCAGGUGCACUGCACCUUGGGUUCACAGGGGGAGCUGCUCUGUGGGCAGGACUCCCCCCACCAGAGAAGAGGCUAGUCACUCCCUGCAGGCAGAUUUAUUGAAAUUCCACAUUACAGACAGCCAGGAAAAAAGUUAGUCAGGGGCAUUUUACCCCCUAUCCACUCCCCCAAUACAAAAUAAUCUGUAGAAGAAUAAAAGGCUCUUAUGUUACAUCUGUCCCUGGGGAAGGAGGUAGUGUCACACCCAGCUGCCUCCCCCACCCCACAAAAAGACUACAAAGAUACAAAUCAGUAAAAAAUAGGAUUAAAAAAGAUUUUAUAUAAAAAUAACCCUUUUUAUCCUGCUCUGAGGUUCCCCCAAGGAUCAGCCCCAGGUCAUGGGGGGGGGCACAACAGGUUACCCCCCCACAAUCUCAUCUUUGGGUGGGGGUUGUCAGGGCAGGGAACAGCCCCCACUUCACAAUGAGGCAGCCCCCUGGCAGCAUCAAGCCCCCUGAAUAAUCUGUGGGGCAGCCUCCCCAGAGGCAUCAAGGUGGGGGUUGCUGAUUAAAAAAGUAAAAAUGUAUAAAAAA